ACUCCACGAGGCAUUCAUCCACGGCUGACACACCUCCUGAGCCAGCCAGCCAGAAGUCUCCACUGUCAGCACCAUGAACCCCAGCGCUGCCCUGGUGCUCUGCCUCAUCCUGCUAAGUCUGAGUGGGACUCAAGGAAUCCCUCUCUCAAGAACAGUACGCUGCUCCUGCAUCAAAAUUGAUGACCGACCGGUAAAACCGAGGGCCUUAGGAAAACUGGAAAUUAUUCCUGCGAGCCAGUCCUGUCCACGAGUCGAGAUCAUUGUCACAAUGAAGAAAACUGAAGAGAAGAGAUGUCUGAAUCCAGACUCUGAGGCCGUCAAGAGUUUGUUGAAACUGGUCAGCAAAAACAGGUCUAAACGAGCCCCUUAACCAGAGAGCAGCUGAUCACCGCAGUGCUGUGACCAAGAGGCGGCGGCAGAGAGCCUGCCUCUCCAUCCCUUCCCUUCCCGCGGUGUGUGGCUAGCCUUAAUUGUCCCUGGUUCUCCUGAAAGGUGACCAACCAUGGUCACAUCAGCUGCUAUUCCUGGUGACGUCACGUCACUGAAGGACGAUGGACAGUGCAUCGUCCUGAGACAACAGGGACUCCAGUGAUAAGUGUUCCCAGCUCCACUAAGAGCUGGUCCUGAGUUCUCAAACAGCUGAAAUAGCUCUCCUCGCCCUGUACUGUAAGCUGCACUGAGGUGCUACACUCCCAGCCUUGGGCCAAGCCAUGCCUGCUGCCCACACACUCCUCAUCUUCCUAUCUUAGGUGUGUUAGGAGAUCUCUUCAGUUCAGAGUUACCUGGGUUCAUUUACUUCAAAUACAGUCAAAGCCUGCUUCUAAGAACCAACUUUACUUCAUGGCGUACUGCCCCGUCUUCCCAAGGGAACUUCAUAACUCAGAAUACUUACAGGAAGCUAAAAGUAUAUGGAAAUGUGUGUAUAGAUAUUAUUUAAUGAGCAACUGUACAAAGUAGAAUUCCUAGAUGUAUGUUUUUUGUACGACUUUCAUUGUAAACGGAAGACCUUGUGUAAUUAAGAAUGUAUCGAUGAACAAUUAGAGAAGUUGAUAUUGACAAGCGUUUCUGAAUGUUACAUAACACAAAAGGGGUUGGAUGGUUUUCAAAGUAAAAAUAAUGUACUGUACUGAAAAUAUUAAGAGACCAAAAAAGAUAAUAAAGUAAUAACUGAUAUGAAAUGUU